UAGAUGUUUUUUCUUCAAUUUUAAUAUUCUGACCGAUUAUUUCGGUUUCUUGGCAAUUAUUUGGUAAGUUUAGUAAACAAAAAAACAAAGAAAUUCCCUUUAAAGCAACAAAAGCGCAGUCAUUAGGCAUUGUGCAUGUAGUAACGAGGCGAAUGGAGUCUAAUAGAACCUGAAACUGCGAGUUUAAUGCACUGAUAAGGCUCUCAGGCAUCCUUUCUUAAGUAAAUGUCUUCAGUUGGAGAAAGUGGUAAGUUGUCAAGUAGUUAGUGUUGAUUGCAGGUGGGUCGGCGGUCAGCAGUCGGGCGGCGGAUGGGGCAAGCGGACAUUGUCCGGCGACACGCUUCAUCGCUGCCCGCGCUCGGUUGCACCGAUCUUUCACCUGCGCAAUAUUGUUGCCUAUAAAACCUUGUCAUUGUCAUAACAUGACGUUACUUUCAUCUCAAACCAAACCCGACAACCACUCGACUCGCCGAGGAGUUGCUUACUUUUAAAUAAUUUACUUGGGUGCAAACCCAACUUAUAAAAUGGCGUAUUGUCUUAGACUGUUGAUACUCUGGGUGGUGUGUGUUGGAGUUUAUUCUAAUGAAGAGAAAAGUGACACCGGAUUUGUGCAGUCGUUGGAUUUUGGACCGAUAUUCGAUUCCGACGAUUCGGGCAUAGUUUCCUUGGCUUCGAACCCCGUAUCCGCGGCAAUAGCAAACGCUGAUAAGAGUCAAUACCCUAGAUUGUUUGAUUCUCUAGUUAGUAGUUCUAUUGAUUCAUUGCACAGUCGUCUAGUGCCAAAAGAAAAUGUGUUUUCCGCUUCAAACUUUGGCUUCAAUCCUAUCGCUAGUCAGAGUUUUUACCCUCAGCCGCAGUCAGCAAAACUAACAGUACAGCCCCAAAGAUCACCGGUGCAAUUGAUAGCUCAAGGGCAACGAGCAAGUCCAUUGAGAUACGACAUAAGGACGGUUCAUGAUGCAAAUUAUAAAGUGUUCAAUCCCGAAGAAAAUGAAGAAGGGGGAAACAUUUUGGAAGCUCUGAAAAAAGAUCCUUCGGUUGCUGCUUAUUUUCAGCCUGCUGUUACUAAUGUCGAAGUAGCACAUCCGAUACAUUAUCGCAAGGAGGAGCUAGUAGAUAACCCCGAUGUCGAAUCAAACUACAAGGCACAUCCUUAUAUUGCAGGACCAUCCCGAAUUCGGCGGUAUGCAGGUGGAAGAAAAAAAGAAAGCGGAAGAAGAAGCAGCAACGAAGAAGAUGAAGACCCUUAUAAUUAUAAAGCGGAGUACAUUUCCAGACCAAAGGCGUUCGAUGAAAGUCCCUACAGCAGUGCCUAUAAAGAAGAAAAAAAUCCGAAAAAGGAUUACGAGUACCCCUACAGUUAUGAUUCCGGUUAUGAUCACAAAGAAUACGAAAGAAUAAAGGAAUUGUCUGAAAAGCAAGCUGCUGAAAUUAAACAAAAUCCUGGAAACUGCAAAGAAGUAAAGAAAGACACCAUGACAUGUAUGUUAUGUAAGGACCCAAAAACUGGUGGAAACUAUGAAUCGUGUUCGUAUGUUGCCGAGCCGAAAAAUAAUAAAUAUGCUUAUUCCAAAGAAAGGAAGUUUGACAGCAAUGAUGAACCAGAUGCGCCCGAAAAUACUCAAAAAGCAGAGAAUCCAGGAAAAUCCCAGAAACUUGUCGACGGCCAAAAGGACGGAUCCAGCGUAAAAAAUUACAGCGACGAAGAAAAACCAUACGGUAAUUAUAAAAAUGACGAUGACAACUCCGGAAAGUAUAAAUCUUAUUACGUGCAUACAUCGGCGCCCAAACCCAGCGAAGCUUUGAGAGCGGCUGAAAAUCAAAACGAAUCGGAAGAAAACAAAGAAAACAAGCCCUACGAUUACAAGAAAGCGAUACCUGGAUUUUAUACUGACAACGAACAAAAGAAGGACGUCGAAAAUGUAUUAGCAGAAUUUAAGAAAAAAGAUAGGUCAGCUUGUAAGAAAGUGCAAAAGAACGGCAUGACUUGCUUCCAAUGUAUCGAUAAAAAUGGUUUAAAACACGAGGAAUGUAUGUUUGUGUCUGAAUCAGCGCCGAAACAGAGUCAUUUAGCGUAUCAAGAGGUCAAAGAGUUUACUUCCAAACCCGCCACCCUCGAAGAUGGAAACGAAGCGGCAGCGAGUCAAACUGUGACAAGCGCUCCGGCUAAGUCUGCAGCGUACGUUGUUGCCAACAGCGGCUAUGGCAAAAAAUUAAAGCACAAGAAAGCUUCGCAAGGCACUCUCGCCACUUGCGCUUUCGUUAACAACAAUAACACUCGAGUUUAG